AUGGAUUUCUUUGAAAUUUUAUCAUAUUUAUUUAUGCUGUUGUAUAGUUUAUUCGGUAUUGGUUGUGCACUUAUUUUCAUUAGUGUACUGAUUAUUUAUUGUCAAUGUCGUACAAUGACUAUUUUCCUUGUAUUUAAUUCAAUAAUAGCUGGCUUUAUUGUUAAUAUAGUCUGUGUUUGUCAAGUGAUGUAUCAAUUAACUAGUGAUGGAAAUGAUAAACUAUGUGUAUUGCGUGGUUUUCUUAUAGAAAGUGGAUGUGGUCUUCUCUAUCAUACAUUUUGUGUUCAAGCAUUUUAUCGUCUUUUUUCUACAAUAUCUAAACGACGAGAAUAUCUUCAAUCGAAAUGUUCUAUUAUAUUUAUUGUUUUAUUACAAUGGUUAAUUUCAUUUACUUUUGGUCUUCCAAUUCUAAUUGGUGAUCGAAUCAAAUUUCAAAUGGAUUAUCGUAUUUGUCAAAUAUCAAUGCAUGAUCUAUAUGGUUUUAUUUAUUUUUCAAUAUGGAUUUAUAUUUUUCCAUUAAUAAUAAUUAUAGGAAUUUAUAUUCGAGUUUUAAUAUAUAUCAAACAAAAUCCAUAUUGUUUAGUUAUUCAUCAAAAUAUAUUUCAAUGA